CACUUCCGAGUUUGCACGUGCACAUGACUCUUGGCCUCAAGUAAGUAACUGGCUGACUCCACUUCUAUCACCCCCUUUCGAGACUCUAUUAGGAGCAACGAUUUUUCCAACAUCGACAUCAAUACCGCUUUUGCACAUCAAUUCUUCGACCAGCAUCCUGCGACUCGAUCGAACGAUCACAGCAACUCCUUACCCACGACAUUCAUCCCAGCCAGCACUCAUGGGAGGACCCCGAAUUCCGAAAUGCGACGAGUGUAGGCGUAGGAAGAAACGUUGUACGCAUAUGGGAGAUCAGACCGCGGCCCAAUCUCUUGAAGUCUCCUCUGCAGCUGCACCUAAGCAGUCACUCAUUGUGAAGCUGCCCAUUGCUGUUCGUUCGAGACCAGGAAAUGCUGCACACCUCGACAUGGUGAAGACGGUGCGUCCACCAGACCCUUCGACGCACCUCAGUAGCCAUGUAUUGGGCCCUCCUCCGCUCACUCUGCCCACUUUGAAAUUGGUCAACCCCUUCUUCAGAGCUAAUGCUACGCCAACGCAAAGUCAAACGGCUGCAGCGACGCAGCUAGCCGCUCGGGAGAGCUCUGGUACUGGGGUUGGUGAUCUUGACGUGGUGAUGCAAGAUGUCGGGGUCUCUCCACAGGAAGCAAAGGCUAGUUCACAGGUCCAGGAUGCACCACUUGCAGACUCAACACCAAACUCCCAGGCAGCUACAGGCACGCCGGGCCCAAGUAAUAGGUCUCAACCCAAGCGAGAAGUGAAGCAGAGGGUCAUCAAUGCAAAUUUGAUCUCUGAAUCUGGACCCACUUCAACACCGACAAACGCCGUGGACUGGACUAUCACAGCGCCCCAGGAAGACGCAGAACGCUUGAACCAUACUCAUCCGGAAGGUGCAACCGAAGCUGGUCCAAGAUUCACUUGUGGUGUCUGCCACAAAGAGAUAAGAUCACCACUCUGGCAGGCAUGCACGACAUGUACACAGGUUGACUUUCACAAAGGCUGUAUCCACGAAGGCCGCAGAAUGCACCAUCUCGACUUUCCUGGCCAUAGAUUCCACCAAGUCACACGAGAAACUGCAGAACACGAGGAAAAUGUUGACGAGCUCAUUGGUGAAGAGAGUCCGGUAAGACCUUUGAGGAGGGACUCAACCAGCGACUACGAUUGUGACGAGUGUGAUCAACGAAUUGCAGGUCUGCGGCACUUUUGCAGUACGUGCAAGGAAGUCGACUUCUGCGAUGACCACUUCAUUGCCGGCAUGAAAAAACACCACGCUGAACAUCCUGGGCAUAUCUUUGAUCAUCAGCCAUCCUCCACUGUCAAAGGUGGCGCAGUCGACUCCAAGGCAGCUACCCCGAACGCUCAUGCAGGAGCGUUUGCUCAAGAUGAGCGCACUCGCAGAAGCGACACGCCCAUGGCAGGGAGUGCUGAUCAUGAAAAUAAUCUCUUCUGGUCGAAUGGCAAGCCGCAACCAGGUGCCUUCACGCAGUCGCUCAUUGACGCUGGGCGCAGCGGAUCAGCUUCACUCGAUCCAAAAACUGAAUUACCAAGCUCAAGUCGAACGGGAGGCAAGACAGACACCAUGACGGCACCGCCUCAGACACCGCGAGCUGCCUCGCGUGCUACUCCUCAGGGCAAGUACAGUUCGUUCGGACACGGCGAGCAAGGAGGUGCGGCGCGUACCAUGAGGACCUCGGGUCGUGCACGUAUCAACGAAUUGCCAUCAUCAGCACGGGAAAAGACUCCGCAAAAGAAGUACAAUGCCGCGCAUUUCUCUGCUAUCACGGAGCAGUUAGCGAGAGGCGUCUCACUUUCUUCGACACAGCCGAAGACAUAUCCUGCAGAACGCACCACUAUCGACGUGUUUGCUGAGAAGUGGCUUCGUCGCCUUCACAGCUACGUCAGAACCUGGUCUGAGACGUCUUCUGCCGUGCACGCUACGAACGGUCUACAGCUGCUAUCCGACUUCCAAGUAGAUGCGGCACUCAACGAGCUUCUGCCGACGCACUUUCCGGAUAUCACAGGGGUGGUGAACGUGCUCCGGAAUAGGGACUACCUUUUCACAAACCCAUUCCUUGCGGCAGCGAAGGCAAAGGAGCUUGCUCGGAUGAGUGUUGGGCUUUGGAAGCGGGUGCGAUAUUACAAGGGGGUGGUGGGCGGAUUGAGCCUGAGCACUCUGAGUAUUGCGCAGCUGCAGGAGAUUGAUGCGUUAUUGGGGAGGGCGGAGCGGCUGGGAAUGGCGUGAGAGAUGAAGGGGGAAUUCUGUCGUGCGCUGGAGAUUCACGCCUGAGCUUUCAGUCGUCAAGAGAAUGCAAAGCAGCUGGUACGUUCGAGCUGCGCAUCGUGACAAUUUCCUCGACAAGCACUAGGGAAUCCGCGUACUACCACCGCGAGCCGAUUCUGCGCGGCGCAUUGACCAGCAUUGAAUUGAAGCCGUGAGAUUUGAAGAUUCUAGCAAACGGUCGUCGUGUGUCGCGUUUCCGAAUGUUCUUCUCGCUUCCGCCGCGGGUUCAGGUUCUCACCGCAAACCAUCGC